AUGUGCGGUGGAUUCUGUGCGGGAUCACACUUUGUUGUGGACCACCAGCGGUUGUCGGGUCAGGGUUACUGCUUCUCCGCCUCCCUGCCUCCGAUGCUCGCGGCAGCAGCCCAGGCUGCUGUGGAGCAGCUAGGCGUGGAGGAUGGCGUGCGGCAGUCGCAACUACGCGACCUCUCCCACCGUCUCCAGGCCGCGUUGGCGGAGGCGCCGCUGGCUCAAUUCUGGAGCCUUGACUUCCACUCAAAUCCUGAUUCACCAGUGAAGCACAUCCGCCUGGCUGUUGGUGCCAACUCCAUGGAGAGACUGGAGCACGCCUGUGAUCUUGCUGCUGCUUUGCCGCGAGCCGAUGCAUCGGAAUUGAAGAAGGAGCUCGAGGCCACGCCGGUGCUUCUUACAGUGGCGCGCCACACAAGCAACACACUGAGGAAGAUUCCAGAGCCGAGUAUUCGACUAGCUCUGAAUUGCUCAAUGACUACGGCAGAGUUGGAUCACGUCUGCGAGGUGCUUCGAAAGGUCGGCGAGACCAUGGCGGGGGCAGAGGCCACGUUAUAG